AUAUACUUUUUCGCCGGAACAAAAGUAUUCUCUUUGUUUUACUCCACAUCAAUUAAAAGCUGAUAACACAACCUUUGGAGAAUGUUCGUUUGAAACCCAUGCGAUUUCGCCCAAAGGUGCAAGAGAACAAAGAGCAUAAAACCCUUUAGAGUAUCUGUAGUCAAGAAUGAAUACAGGAAUGGCAUCAUUAAUUCAAGCCCAUUAUGGAGUACAUACCGCCACUUUCAGAAGGGUGCAAUCCAGAAGCCAAGGAUUAUUGAAAUCUGGAAAACUAUUCCAACCCCAACAAUCCGCCUUUCCUAGCAUUCACAUUAAUCAAACCUACGUAUGCUGCACUAAGUUAACUCCAUGGGAGUCAUCACCUGUCACGUAUGCUCCUACUGAUAAUCAAAGUGAUACUUUUUUGCAGCAAAGCGCCAAUAUAUUUGAAACUCUUGAAUCCAAUAAAACAGCUGACUCAUCAACAACAAAUGCUGAAGGGGUCGUAGAGACAAUAUCACAGCCGGGGCUGCAGCUUCAGUUUUUCAAGUGGCCAUUGUGGCUUCUGGGUCCUUCAGUUCUCCUUGCAACUGGCAUGGCCCCAACGUUAUGGUUACCAAUAUCAUCUAUCUUUCUUGGCCCCAAUAUAGCCAGCCUACUUUCCUUAGUUGGACUUGAUUUUAUAUUUAACCUUGGUGCAACCCUUUUUCUCCUCAUGGCUGACGCUUGUUCACGUCCAAAGUAUCCAACACAAGACUGCAAAAGCAAGGCUCCCUUCAGUUACCAGUUCUGGAACGUUGUUGCAACUCUUACUGGGUUUAUUAUCCCAUUGUUGAUGAUGUUUGGAUCUCAGAAGAACUUUCUCCAACCUCAACUACCUAUCAUCUCAUUUGCAGUUCUCCUUGGUCCCUAUCUUCUUCUUUUGUCAGUACAGUUUCUGACUGAGAUGUUAACUUGGCAUUGGCAAUCACCAGUCUGGCUUGUUACCCCUGUCAUUUAUGAGUCUUACCGUGUCUUGCAACUAAUGAGGGGAUUAAAGCUCGGUGUUGAGCUUAGUGCACCAGCAUGGGUGAUGCAUACAAUUAGGGGGUUGGUUUGUUGGUGGGUGCUAAUUCUCGGUCUUCAGUUGAUGAGAGUUGCUUGGUUUGCUGGCUUGGCUGCACGAGCUCGUAAGCAACAAUUGUCCUCUGAUACUUCUAGUGCUGUGAUUAGUUAUUAGUACCAUUGUAAAAUUAUUUUGAAAGUGACAGAUUAUAAAUUAAGUAGAUGUGGUCCAAGAUUAGUUAUAGGUGUUUUCCAUCCAUCCAUAUACCAUAGUGAUAGUGGCACACAUAUAAUAGAUACAUACAUAAGUAAAUUGCAUAAAAGACUUGCUUGAUCACUGGGAUUUAUGCCGUAUCAAUAUUUGUUUUGUUCGUGUCUUAUCUUCAAGUUGUGAACAAAUUGGUUUAUCUGUAUUGUACGGUUGUACCUCAAUUUAUGAAGAUGGAAGAAUUAUAGUGGUUGGUUUUAAGGAAAAG